AAAGUCUCGGACAUGACCACUAUGGCAAGCCCGGCUGCUCAGGCUCUGCUCCCCGCAGCACCGCUCGGACACCAUCCGGCGCCGAGCUCCGUCUCUCCGGCCACCAACUCCCCGCCACCUGCGGCCACAUCAGCCGCCUCUUCCCCGGCUCCUCCGGUGGCUCACCAGGCGCUGCUGCACCAGUUCAGGUCGGAACUCUUACUACCCAACGGCACUCCGCUCAAACCCGGAGUUCUGCCCGUGUCCGGCGGCGCCAAGCCCGUGUACGCCACGCCGUCGCCGGUGGAGAGCACGCCGCAAAACAACGAGUGCAAGCUGGUGGAGGUGAAGGGUGCCAAGCUGGCGUCGUUCACGGUGAAAGACACGGAGCUCAUCUGCCUGCCGCAGGCUUUCGACGUCUUCCUCAAGCACCUGGUCGGCGGCCUCCACACCGUCUACACCAAGCUGAAGCGGCUGGACAUCACCCCGGUGGGGUGCAACGUGGAGCAGGUGCGGGUCCUGCGGGGCCUCGGUGCCAUCCAGCCCGGGGUGAACCGCUGCAAACUCAUCUCCAGACAGGACUUCGAGACGCUGUACAGCGACUGUACCAACGGGAGUUCCAGACCAGGACGACCGCCCAAGAGGCUGCAGAGUGUGACAGAGGGCGGGGCCCACCACAUGCUGUCCCACAGUGGUCUCAUGCACGCUGGGAUCAUGCCCCCUGCAGGUGACCACCCAGGCUUCCCCCCAUACUAUCUCUCCGUCACAGCCAAGAAGAUCAAGCUGGAAGCGAUGGCCAGUUACCACAGCAACCAGCAACAUGGCGGCCCAAACGGAGACAACAGUGACCACAAUCAUGGACUGGUUCUGGAUCAGUUGCCCUUUAUGAUGAUGUCACAUCCUCUGAUCCCUGCCAGCCUGGCGCCUGCCUCCGUUUCCAUGGCGAUGGGCCAGAUGAACCGAUUGAGCACAUUGGCCAGCAUGGCCAACGUGGCGCAGCUUCACGCCAACCACCAUGCCAGGGCUCCCACCUCUGUCAUUAAGGAGAGAGUGCGUGACAGCCCUUCGCCUUCUCCUUCACUGGAUGAAGCCCAGAUGUCGUCCAAUCACAGCAGCAGUGCGUCCAGUUCCCCGUCUCAUACAGACCGCAUCCAAGAAGUCACAUUCUCUCUUGAUGGCCUGUCAUCAAGUCACAGUGUGCUGGGACACUCUCCUGGUCUGGUGCCGAGUAUAAAAGAGGCUGAAACUCCAGUAGAAUACGGCAAGGAGAACAAGAGGAGCCACACUGACAGAGGUGAGCUCGAUACCAACAGCCUGGCCACUCAGACGAGCAGGGAGAGCUGUGAUAGACAAGCGUACCAGAAACCCCCGUCAGGCAGGGAGGGCUGCGAGAGGGUAGCUUACCCUGCGGGACAGAAGAUCCCAGCAGGUCUCCACCACACUCCCUUCAUCUUCCCUGAAGGCUUGUCCUCCAUAGAGACCCUGCUCACGAACAUCCAGCAGGGUCUGCUGAGGGUUGCCAUAGAAAACGCCCGGGCGCAGGAGAAGCAGGACCAGCUGGAGAGGACAGAGCUGAAGCUGGAGCUGGUCAGAGAGAGGGAGCUGAGGGAGACACUGGAGCGUCAGCUGAGCAUCGAACAGAAAAACAGAGUUUUGAUCCAGAAGCGUCUAAAGAAGGAGAAGAGAAGUAAGAGGAGACUACAGGAGGCUCUGGAGGAGGAGGUGAAACUGCGAGACCAGGCGGAGCACAGUCUGCUGCACACUGCCAACACACACACAGGACAUCAAUCAUCGGCAGCCGCUCCUCACACAGAGCCCAUGAGCCAGGACAUGGACGGGAGCAACCACAGCGACAGCAGGCUGGACACCAAGGCUACAGUAGCAGAGGGAAGAGUGUUUCUGAAGGCAGCUGGGAUGUACUGAAGCCGACAUGAAAGCAUGGAUGGAUGGAUGACUGGAUGGAUGGAUGGAUGGAUGGAUGGAUAGAGAAAAAACAACGGACAGGCAUGCUCAGUCAUAUCUGAGACGCACCUCUACGUUCUGAGGUUGACAUUUGAACUCCUUCUCUCGUUUUCGGUCUCGUUUAAUUUAUUGCAGUUCAUCGCCAACACUGGGCCACAGUGUGAACUGCGUCACAUUUCUUCUCAUUAUUAUUAUUAUUAUUAUUAUGUGUUUCUGACUGUGUUUCUUUCAAAAUCAUUUUUUUAAAUCCUAGGUGAAAAUGAUCACAGUUGUUUUCUGUCAGUGCUGUCUGUCUGGACAAUAUUACCUGUCAGAGAGUUGUGUACAUAUACGAUAUAGUCAUCCUUUUGUUAUUAUUAAAAGUAAAUGAAAAAAAAAAACACACGCACACAAUGGCAUGUUGUACAGUCAGUAAAUGACGUGUAUUGUGUAUGUUAUGCAGUAGUGCAGUUGGACAAUACAAACAAUACAAAUCCUUUUUAUUAAA